AUGAUAAACAACGCCAAGAAGAAAGCACGUAAACAAAAAGUUACAUUAGAGAUAUUUACUAAAACAUUAUUUGAAUUAAGAACCACUAAUUUAUCAUCUGUUAAAUCCGUGCCAUCAUCGUCGUUUUUGUGUACUAUUGUUCGUAUUUCUCGAGUAAAAGUAUUAUCACAUUAUAAUUAUCAAUCUCUUACAACUUUUACUUAUCGACAGUCUCCCCGUACGCCUUUAUCGUCACUUUUAGCCUCUUCACAAAGUAUUACCUAUCGUUCGAAUGAAUCAUCGCCGAGUUCGUCAUUUAUAUGGGGUAGUCCAAAACAAGAAGAAAACGAGAAGCUACUGAACGAGAUUCAAUUGAUAUAUAUAUUGAAAGCAAACACCAAGCCAUCGAAUUGA